UGAACACCGAAGAUCUCGAGGUCCUCACCGAUCUAGACACUCGACUCUUCACUGAGACUCGGGCUGUCACUUUCCUAUCACUCCUCUUAUUUUGAUAUCGACACAUUCCUUCGCCUAAUGCGAUUCUAGCAUGGAGUAGCUAUUCCCUAUACCAUUUACCACUACAUCGAUUCGUCCACCGGUAACUCGACUCUGGAUUCCAACCGUCAGCCCCAGCCAUGGCCGACGCUGAAACCUCCCCGGCACCUGCCGAUACUGGCGCUCAGAAGGUCCGACCUGAGAAGCCAGAUGAAGCCAAGUACAAGGCCGAGCUAGCCAAGGCUGAGAAGGACCACGAAGCUGCGCAGGCUAGAUUCAACGCCAGCCGUGCCAAGAUCGACAGCGCUCGUCCUGGAAAGUCCUCCCCUGCCAAUGAUCGAUUCAAGGAACUUGUUGAGGAACAAAAGUCCAUCCGUCAAAAGCAGCAGGAACACAAGGCGGGCAAGGCAGGCUUACAAGAGAAGUUCAACAAGAAUGAAUCCGAGAUCAAGAAAUGGAUUGCCGAACAAAAAGACGUCCGCACACGGGCUGGCUUCAAGAGCGCCGACGAGAUCGACGCCAAGAUCGACAGCAUCACGAAGCAGGUCGACUCUGGCACCAUGAAACUGGUGGACGAGAAAAAGGCUCUGGCCGAGAUCUCUGCCUUGAAGCGACAAAAGAAGACGUUUGCUGGUUUGGACGAGUUGCAGCAGAAGAUCGACGAGAGGAAGGUUGAGAACGCCGAACUCAGAAAAUCCUUCGAUAACCAGGAGACUCGGGAUCUGUCGCAGAAGUACGAGAACAACCAGAAGGAACUCGACGAGAUCAAGGCUGCUCGUGAGGGCACUAACAAGAACUUUGAUGCUUUGAAGGCGGAACGGGAGAAACUGUACCAGGAACAACAGGCCACCUAUGCUGCCAUCAGAAAGGUCAAGGACGACUAUCACACUCAGCGCAAGGCUUACAAGGAGUACGAAGAUCAGCUCUACCAGCAGAGACGUGAACGCCAGAAGGCUGAACGAGAUGCGUACGAGAAGGAAAAGCGCCGCCGUAUUGCCGAGCAGAAACUCGAGGAGGCGAGUGAACCGGCGUUCAUGGAUGAGAUCCGUACUGCAGAAGCUCUUAUCCGUCACUUUGAUCCAUCCUACAACAACGAAGGUGGCGAAAAGGAAUCUAGUCAGUACGCCGCUACCGCCCAACGUACUGUUGAUGAGUCUGGCUUCAAGGGUAUGAAGGUGAUGAAGAAGGAAGACGAGGACUUCUUCGUCGGUAGCGGAGGCAAGAAGAAGGGCAAGGGGGCCAAGAAAGGUGGUGCCGCGACUGCUGAAUCUGGCAAACUCAACAUGAACAUUGGUAUCAUCGAGCAAUUGGCCAAGGUGGGCGUCGAUCCCCCAAGCACUCAAGCCGACGUUCCUGGGGUUGUAGAGAAAUUGAAGGCAAAGGCAGAGGGCUGGAAGAAAGACCAGAAAAGCCAGACGGAAAAGAACAUCGAGAAGGCGAGAAAGGAGAUCGAGAAACUGGAGGUGAAUGGUGCCGCUGACGGUACUGGUGCCGAAGCUUCCAGUGCUGCUUGAACAUCCAUAUAUGCAUGGAUAUUGCCUACAACCGGAGAGUCUCGAUAUUCUUGCCAUUGAAAACGAGAUGCAUCUUUACAGAUGAAGAAUGAGAAUUACUAGCAUGACCUUUAUGCCCCUAUAUGCCCUGGAUGUGCCAGAGAAGCAGCUGUCAUCAGGCAAAUUCUUUAUCUCCAUUAAAUCCGCGUAUCUCGACGUCAUUGGACAAGAGUCGACGAGGUGCCGAUACAAUUCAC